GGGUAUUGGCAGGUUUGUGGUCUUCUUUUGCUAUUUAUUUUACGAUGUGUCCAUCUCAAUUUUUUAAAUAUGAUCUGCUUGUCUUUGUUGGCAGUUUGAUAUGGGUGAUGUCUUGAUUGAUGGUAAAACAACUGGGUUUUGUGCUAGUGGAUGUGCAGCAAUCGCUGAUUCAGGAACCUCUUUGUUGGCUGGCCCAACGACUAUCAUAGCUGAAGUCAACCAUGCCAUUGGAGCCUCUGGGGUUGUUAGUCAGGAAUGCAAGGCUGUAAUUUCACAAUACGGAGAAACUAUACUUGAUAUGCUUUUAGCUAAGGAUGGGCCUAAAAAAAUUUGUUCACAAAUUGGUUUGUGCACAUUUGACGGGACUCGAGGUGUAAGUAUGGGAAUUGAGAGCGUUGUUGAUGAGAAUUCGAAGAGAUCAUCUGGUGGUGUGCGUGAUGCAAUGUGCUCUACAUGCGAGAUGACAGUUGUAUGGAUGCAGAAUCAGCUCAAGCAGAACCAAACACAGGAGCACAUCAUUAGCUAUAUCAAUGAGCUCUGUGAUCGGCUGCCUAGUCCAAUGGGAGAAUCGGCUGUUGAUUGUGGCAGUUUGUCUUCCUUGCCUAAUGUUGCCUUUACAAUCGGUGGAAAGACAUUCGAUCUGAGUCCUGAGCAGUACAUCCUCAAAGUGGGUGAGGGAGAAGCAGCCCAAUGCAUUAGCGGAUUUACAGCUCUGGAUGUGCCCCCACCACGCGGACCUCUCUGGAUCUUGGGGGAUGUUUUUAUGGGCCCCUACCAUACAGUUUUUGACUAUGGCAAUAUGAGAGUGGGAUUCGCAGAAGCCGCUUAAGUAUGUAGCUUUUCUUUGUUUGUCUAAGGUGUUGGACUGAACCUUAAAUGACUAUCGCUGUGUAAAUAGUUGUACUGUCUGUAUUACGUUCUAUUUUAGGUUGCAAUUUGUUAGACGGAGAUAUAAUCACGUAAUAUCCGUGUGAAGUACUUAAUUGUGUUCAAACUUUUUUAUAAUGAUAUUCUAUAUAGGGAUAAUUUUUAUAUA